UUGGCCAGUGCCUGCAGCAGCUCGGCACCUCCCCGCCUCUCUAAAGGACAUUAUAAUGCAGGGGGACCCCCUUUUUAAGCACAAACCGAAUUUCCCUUCAUUUAGCUCAUCUAUAUCUAUCUAUGUCAUUUUGUUUUUCUACUGAAUCGUUAAACAGCCGGCAGGAUUUGGGGGGGACAGGCUUUCGCCCUGGAGAGGUGCGCGAUGUUGUCUCACGCCGACCUCCUGGACGCCCGGAUCGGAAUGAAGGACGCGGCUGAGCUGCUGGGGCACCGAGAGGCGAUUAAAUGCCGUCUUGGGGUCGGAGGUCCGGACACUGUGCACCCCGGGGAUCUGAGCAGCAAUGCCGACCAAGUGGAAGGUGCGACCCUACUGCACGGGGAGGACAUCACCACAAUGGGCUCCAAUCAGUCCUCUCUGGCGGUCAGCUCCAAAGACCCAGACAAACAGCAACAACAGCCGAACCCCAACCAGUCAGGCCAACAGCAGGGACAGCAGCAGAGCCAGAAACAGAAGCGACAUCGGACCCGAUUCACCCCGGCCCAACUCAACGAACUGGAGAGGAGCUUCGCCAAAACCCACUAUCCAGAUAUAUUCAUGAGGGAAGAGCUGGCCUUACGGGUCGGCCUCACUGAAUCCAGAGUCCAGGUCUGGUUCCAGAACAGACGCGCCAAGUGGAAGAAGCGCAAGAAGACCACCAAUGUGUUCCGCGCCCCCGGGACCCUCCUGCCGACCCCAGGACUGCACCAGUUUCCAUCAGCUGCGGCCGCGGCAGCAGCAGCGAUGGGCGACAGUCUGUGCUCCUUCCACGCUAACGAUACCCGCUGGGCUACAGCCGGUAUGGGGGUGUCUCAACUCCCGCUCCCUCCUUCUCUGGGCAGGCAGCAGGCCAUGGCGCAGUCGCUGUCCCAGUGCAGCUUAGCGGCGGGCCCCCCUCCCGGCUCCAUGGGUUUGUCAAACAUGGGUUCCAAUGGCUCGGGGCUGCAGUCGCAUCUCUACCAGUCCGCCUUUCCCGGCAUGGUGUCCAGCUCAUUGCAGGGUCCAAGCAACAUGUCGGGGUCCCCCCAGCUGUGCAGCUCCCCGGACGGCAGUGAUGUUUGGAGGGGGUCUAGCAUUGCCUCCUUGCGCCGCAAAGCACUUGAGCACACAGUGUCUAUGAGCUUUACUUAAUAUUUCCCUCCCUUGCCAUCAACCAUUCUCAUGCUCACCCCUUAACGCCCGAGCCCCCUCUGUCUGCUGGGUAAUGGAAGAGUCUGUAAGGUUAAAGGGUGGUUCACCUUUAAGGUCACUUUUAGUAUGUUAUAGAAUUGACAAUUCUAAGCAAAUUUAGUUCAA